AGUUUUAACCCUCAUCUAAUUCAUGGUUUUUGUACUUUGGUGGGAUUGUGCAGUAAAUGGUCUAUUUUGCCCCUUUCUUUUCUUAUUUGGCCACGUUAUGUUUUAUAGGAAAGAUGCCAGAAGCAUCUUCUACUUUUUCUUUUCCUCUUCGUUUUUCUCUCAGUCGUUCCGUUCGUUUUCCUCUUCUUUUCCUCUUCGGUUCCAAUCGGAUCUUCUCGAAGGUGUUUGGCGUUUUUCCCCUGUUUUGCACAAACGCAUCGCUCCCGUUCAGGAAACAUUGUUCUUCAAGUUUUAGGGUUUUAUUCUUCCUAGCUUUUUCUGGGUCAGAAAUUACAUUUGAAGCCUGCGAAGACCUUUGUGUUUAAGGUUAUGUAGCUGAAGUGGCUAAAGCUAAGAAAUAACAAUUGUGGGUUAAAAUCUUCAUAUUUGAAAGUUGGAUAUCAGCCUUUGAAAGGCUUUGUGAACGUGUUCUCGCGUGUGCAGCAGACCUUCAUAGCAAUUUGGGGAAAUUUUGGCUUUGUCAUGACAUCACUCUUGAUACUCUGUGUGGCCAUCAAAGGGUUUACAAACAACCACACGAUUAUUGAAAACGGCCUUUUGUCUAAGAUCUUUGAGAAGACACGAGCAAUUUAGUUGAUUGCAUAGGAUCUACGCAUUUUAUCCUUAAGGGGUUAUCAGAGAUUAUAUAGACUUGGGUGAUAAGAUUUAUACAUGUGUUCACUGUGGUGCCUAUUUUUGGUUAAAAGAAUCUCUUAAACAAAGUUGGAAAAAAGCUGAACCUAUUUUCACUCUUUGUUGUCAAGAAGGAAAAAUUAAAUUUGAACCUCCAAAACCAGCACCAACUUUUUUAGAUUCUUUGCUUGAUCCAAAUGGAGGUCCAAAAAGUUUGUCUUUCAGAGAAAAUAUUAGAGCUUACAAUUCUAUGUUUUCAUUUACUUCUAUGGGGGCAAAAGUUGAUCACUCAAUUAAUGAUGGAUCAAGUCCUUACAUUUUUAAAAUUAGUGGUCAAGUUUGUCAUUUGAUGGGAUCACUUUUACCUAUGGACAAUGAAUCUCCAAAAUUUGCCCAAUUAUAUGUUUAUGAUACAUAUAAUGAAGUCCAAAACCGUCUCAAAGCUCUUGGUUCUCAAGAAAAUAAUGGAAGGCUUGAUACAAAAAUUGUUCAAGAAUUGAUUAAAAUGUUUGAUCAGUCAAAUGAGUUAGUCAAACUUUUCCGAAUAGCAAGAGAUAAAUUUGAAAUUGAUGGACUUAUCAAUUUAAAGAUGAGUUUAUUAGGCAGACAACAAAAUGAUGGUAAACAAUAUGAUCAACCAACAAGUGAUGAAAUAGGGGGUUUAAUAGUUGGUGAUAUAGGUUUGUCUGACUCUAAUAGAGACAUCAUUAUAGAUUGUAAAAGUGAAGGAUUAAAACGUGUUACAAAAUUGAAUCCAAAAUUUAUGGCUCUUCAGUAUCCUAUUCUUUUUCCUUAUGGUGAAGAUGGGUAUAAACCAGAUUUAAAAUGGAAUGAAAAUUAUAAAGGUCCAAAAACGAAAAGACAAAGGAUACCCAUGAGAGCUUAUAUAACUUAUCACAUUCAAGAAAGAGAACCAUCCUUAACUACGUUGUUAAAAGGAGGUCGACUUUUCCAACAAUAUUUGGUUGAUUCUUAUGCAACACUUGAGGAAGAUAGACUAGAUUACAUUAGGCAAAAUCAAAAGAAUUUGAGAAGUGAAAUUUACAAAGGCAUUUAUGAUGCAAUGUCAAGAGGUGACAAUGACGCAAAGAAUUUGGGACAAAAAGUUGUGCUGCCUACUUCGUAUACAGGAAGUCCUAGAUACAUGUUCAAUAAUUAUCAAGAUGCUAUGGCUAUUUGUAGAGAAUAUGGUCAUCCAGAUUUAUUCAUAACAUUUACCUGCAAUGUAAAGUGGCCAGAAAUUAUAAGAGAAUUUGAAACAAAACCAGGUUACAAGCCUGAGGACAGACCUGAUAUAAUUUCUAGAAUUUUUAAAAUGAAACUCGAUGAUAUGCUUGAUUUUAUCAAAUCUGGAAAGCCUUUUGGAGAAGUUGAUGCAAAAAAAUUUGGAAGCCGAGAAAACGUGGAGGUUCAAUAGGCAGAAUAACAUAUGUACAUCCUGCAUCAGGUAAUUUGAGAUCAUGUGAUAUUUCCAUGUCGGAACCAAAGAUCAGCAUCACUCUGAGUUGCGUUUCAUGAAACAAGUUUAUCUCCUGCCAAUUUUGUGUAUCCACAUUUUAUUCAUGAUGGUCACGACAGGAUACCUAUCUGGUCGAUGUGGGGAUGUCUACGCUUAGAUAGAGACGUGGACUUAUGGAAGAGUUAUCAGUCUAUUCGAGAUGUUCAUCACCCAGUCAACUACACGGUUUGUUGCUUGGUUUGUUCCUCAUACAAAAACAUUUCUACAGCAAUCAAAGGUAUGUUAAAAAAACUAUAAUUUAUUCCCUUUUUCAUAAAUGCACUUUACUCAAAUUUAAAUUUUACUAACAUUUCUCUUCAGGGGAACUAAUUGUUACCAAUGUAUAUCAACAGUCUCCACUUUUCAUCUAGCUUUAGUACAUAAUUAAUUACUUGCCUACCCAUUAAUAGAUAUAGUUGAACAUCCAAAACUACUAUCAAACAUGUAACCAAAAAUGUGUUCGCUCCAUAACCCAUGGUUAAACAAAAAAACACCUCACCAAUAAAAAAAAUUGUUUAAUCUACCUACACACCAUUCUUAUUAUUGGUUAGAUAGAUUAAACAAUUCUCCAAUACAUACUGUAUCUCUUUAUUUAAUCAACGGAUAACCAUAAAAUAUGUCUUUAAAACAUCUAGAUUCAUGCUUCAGGAUGUCCAUCUUAAAUUUCUCAAUGAAUAAGCAAGCAAUUUAUCAUGUAUUUGUAACACAUGAAAAGUAGAUACUGUUUGUUUAUAUAUUGGUAACAAUUAGUUCCUCUGAAGAGAAAAGAUGGACAUGAUGAUUAUGCUGGAAAAAAAAAAAAACAAAGUCAAAACGAUUCACCAAAUUAUAUCUUUCUAUGCCACAAACAUACAAAAUAAAGCAUAACUGAUCCAUCUUCAACAUCCUCUGUUCCUAUUUUCACAAUAGGAAAAGGACAUAAUUUACCCUACUUUUCCAUUGGUUAUUUCUAAUGUUGUUUCGCUUUCGCAUUUUUACCUCAUUUCCCAGCUUAACCAACAUCUUUACCUAUUUUUCCAUAGGUCAUUCGUAUUUUUCAUUAUUUUGCAUUCUCACCUAAUAAGCUUUUCUCACAACUUACUGUAUACAGCUUUUUUUUCCAUGCUUUGCACUCUAUCAAUUCAUGUAAUUUAAUUAAGAUACCAUAUUCUUACACCUCCUCCUACCACUUUUCAAAUGUCUUACAACAAUUUUACAUCAUCGUUCAUAUUCUACGUCACUUCCUUCCAAAAAAUUACAAGGUAUGCUGCUCAUUUACUUUAACAUCUCCACGUUUGUUCAUUUCAUUCAAAUAUUGUUCAAUAACAGGUUUAUAAUAACAUCUUCUAUUGAUCUUUUGUUUCUUGCCUCAUUACACUUCUUUUUUUUUAUUUUUGCCGAGACGGAGAAGGAAAGUUGCAGAGACAGAUGGAACAAGCAGAGAGUAGUGAGGGAUGAAAGAAAGUGACAGUGUUGGGAGAUGGGGGAGUUUGAGUUGGGUAGAGAAAAGUGAGGGUUAAGUGAAUUAGGCGUGGGAAGGAAGAGGACAUGAAUUAAUAAGUUUUCUUAUGGGGAAAACAAACCCUUGCUUUCUCUUCGUGUUCUCCUCCCACAAUUUGUGCCUUUACUUCUUAAUUCGAUUCACAAUAAAAACCCAAAAACUUGAGGUACGAAAAUUUCAAAUUAUUUUUUUCUCUUUUAAUUUAUUUUCAGUGUUAAUUUGUGAGUGAGACAGCAAGGUUGAAGAGCGAGACAAACCGUCGUUUUCGAGACAAAGAAAGCUAGGGUUCAUAAUAGCAAAAACCGUGGUGGAACCCAGCUGUUGAGAGGCAACCAUAAGAUAGAAUCCACCGGAUAGGGCAGUGCAAACCAAUCAGAUUUGUGUUCGUGCAAGUGAAUUCAGACAGAUUUCAAGCUGGGGUGUACAGAUUUGAUUCAAAUUGGUGGAUUUGGGAAAAUGAAGGAAGAGAAGCAAUUAAAUUCUUCAUUUAUCAUACACUUUGUAGAUAUUCCAUGCAUUUUUGCAACUGGAAUCUUUUGCUGCUAUUUCAAAGCUAGAGGAGGCAUUGUUGAUUAAUCCUAGGAAAUAUGAUGCUCUGUGGUGCUGGGAAAUGCUUAAAUUGCUUGCACAUUAUGCACGGCCAAAAUGAGGCAAAGAUUCCAAAAGGUGUUGUACUGCUUCCUGAAGGCUUUCAAUGAGGCUCGGUUCCUUCUCCUGUUCUUUUUCACCCAAACCAGCAGCCCCACCUUCAAUUGAUAAAGAUGGAAACACCACGAAUUGAGGCGCAACACCAAUACUAUAACAAUUAUAAGAAAAGAGCUCCAAACCCGCAAAGGUGUUUUUUUGUUUGUUUUUUUUAAUUUUUAAUUUUGUUUUGUUCUGGGCUUUGAGCUGUUUGGCUACUGAGAAUAAGUUUUUCAUUUUUUCUCAUUAUUUUGUUUCUGGGUUGCCUUCAAUUAAGAGAAUUAGGGAAUGGGUUUAGCAUGAAUUUAAAUUAUGGGAUAUCCCUUGAGGAAAAUCUUGGUUAGAUUCGUUUAUGUGUUGUUAUCAAUCAUUGAGUUGAUUUUGGAGUUUUCAUUUGAUCAAAGAGAUAGUGUGUUUUUUUUUUUUUGGUGGAACUUUUAAUUGGUGAGAUUUUUAGUUAGGCUAUGUUUUGGGUUUUGGCUGUUGUAAUUCACAAGCCAUUUAUUGUGGAUGACCACCUAUCCCACUACCAAUCCAUUGUUCACCCCACCAUAAGAAGAAGGAGAGCAAAUAUACAUAGAUAGACAUACGGACGGUAGAGGAAGAAAGAAGAGAGGAAGAAGAGAGGAGAUAAUAGAAAGAGUUAUCUUUGUAAUCUUAUUAUUCCUGAUUAUAAUGAAAGUACCACUGCUUCCCAGAGGACGUACUCGACUGUA